GCUUUUGGGAAUGCCAAGACGGCCCACAACAACAACUCCAGCCGCUUCGGGAAGUUCAUCCAAGUGAACUACCUGGAGAGCGGUAUCGUGAGAGGCGCUGUCGUAGAAAAAUACCUGCUUGAAAAGUCUCGCCUGGUCUCCCAGGAGAAGGAUGAGAGGAACUACCACGUGUUCUAUUAUUUGUUACUCGGUGUCAGUGAGGAGGAGCGCCAAGAAUUUCAGCUCAAGCAGCCCGAAGAUUAUUUCUACCUCAACCAGCAUAACUUGAAGAUCGAAGAUGGAGAAGACCUGAAACAUGACUUUGAAAGACUGAAGCAGGCCAUGGAGAUGGUGGGCUUCCUACCAGCCACCAAGAAGCAGAUCUUCGCCGUGCUCUCAGCCAUCCUGUACCUGGGGAAUGUCACUUACAAGAAGAGGGCCACAGGUCGUGACGAGGGCCUGGAGGUGGGACCCCCUGAGGUGUUGGACACGCUGUCUCAGCUUCUGAAGGUGAAACGAGAAAUCCUGGUGGAGGUUCUGACCAAAAGAAAAACAGUGACCGUCAACGACAAGCUCAUCCUGCCCUACAGUCUCAGUGAGGCCAUAACCGCCCGUGACUCCAUGGCCAAGUCGCUGUACAGCGCCCUGUUCGACUGGAUAGUGCUGAGGAUCAACCAUGCUCUCCUCAACAAGAAAGACAUGGAAGAGGCUGUCUCGUGCCUGUCCAUCGGGGUCCUGGACAUCUUUGGGUUUGAAGACUUCGAGAGGAACAGUUUUGAGCAGUUCUGUAUCAACUAUGCCAACGAGCAGCUCCAGUACUACUUCAACCAGCACAUUUUCAAGCUGGAGCAGGAGGAGUACCAGAGCGAGGGCAUCGCGUGGCAUAACAUUGACUACACCGACAAUGUGGGCUGCAUCCGCCUCAUCAGUAAGAAGCCCACCGGCCUCUUCCACCUGCUGGACGAGGAGAGCAACUUCCCUCACGCCACCAGCCAGACCCUGCUGGCCAAGUUCAAGCAGCAGCACGAGGACAACAAAUACUUCCUGGGCACCCCAGUCCUGGAGCCCGCCUUCAUCAUCCAGCACUUCGCAGGGAAGGUGAAAUACCAGAUCAAGGACUUCCGGGAGAAGAACAUGGACUACAUGCGGCCAGACAUCGUGGCCCUUCUGCGUGGCAGCGACAGCUCCUACGUGCGCGAGCUCAUCGGGAUGGACCCUGUGGCCGUGUUCCGCUGGGCUGUGCUGCGGGCUGCCAUCCGCGCCAUGGCCGUGUUGCGGGAGGCCGGGCGCCUGCGGGCCGAGAGGGCCGAGAAGGCCGCAGCAGAUAUGGGUAGCCCUGGCGCCCGAGGUCACCUGGGAGAGCUGCCAAGAGGAGCCAGCACCCCGUCUGAAAAACUCUACCGAGAUUUGCAUAACCAAAUCAUCAAGAGCAUCAAAGGACUUCCUUGGCAGGGCGAGGACCCCCGUAGGCUUCUCCAAUCCCUCAGUCGCCUCCAGAAACCCCGCGCCUUCGUUCUGAAGAGUAAAGGUGUCAAACAAAAGCAGGUCAUCCCAAAGAACCUGCUGGACUCCAAGUCCCUGAAGCUUAUCAUCAACAUGACCCUGCAUGACCGCACCACCAAGUCCCUGCUGCACCUGCACAAGAAGAAGAAGCCACCCAGCAUCAGCGCCCAGUUCCAGACGUCCCUCAACAAGCUCCUGGAGGCCCUGGGGAAGGCAGAGCCCUUCUUCAUCCGUUGCAUCCGUUCCAACGCCGAGAAGAAAGAGCUGUGCUUCGACGACGAGCUGGUCCUGCAGCAGCUGCGCUACACCGGCAUGCUGGAGACCGUGCGCAUCCGGCGCUCAGGCUACAGCGCCAAGUACACCUUCCAGGACUUCACGGAGCAAUUUCAGGUACUGCUGCCCAAGGACGCCAAGCCCUGCAGAGAGGUCAUCUCUGCGCUGCUGGAGAAGAUGGCCAUAGACAAGAGGAGCUACCAGAUCGGAAAGACCAAGGUCUUCCUGAAGGAGACGGAGCGCCAGGCCCUGCAGGAGACGCUGCACCGGGAGGUCGUGCGUAAGAUCCUACUGCUGCAGAGCUGUUUCCGCAUGGUGCUGGAGCGCCGGCACUUCCUGCAGAUGAGGCGGGCGGCCAUCACCAUCCAGGCCUGCUGGCGCUCCUACCGUGUGCGCCGCACGCUGGAGAGGACACAGGCCGCCGUGUACCUGCAGGCUGCCUGGAGGGGCUACAGGCAGCGCCAGGCCUACCGGCGCCACAGACAGAGCAUCAUCCGCCUGCAGAGCCUCUGCCGGGGGCACCUGCAGCGCAAGAACUUCAGUCAGAUGGUCUCAGAGAAGCAGAAGGCUGAGGAACAAGAAAGAGAAGCCCAAGAGGCUGCCAGAGUGGAGGCCACAGAGGGUGGGCCAGGCCCCGUGACCAUCGAAGAGCAGAUGACCCAGCAGGGUUCAGAACUGGUAGAGGACAGCGAGCACUUGCUGUCAGAGUCUAAGGUAUGGCUGAGCGACGGGUCCCCAUCCGGGACUUCCCCAGCAGAGAAGGAGAUGCCCAGCCCAGAAAAGGGACUCCCGUCCCAGAAAACCAUGAUGACCGAAAGUCACGAGAAAGUCCCCAGCAGCCGGGAGAAGCGGGAGUCACGUCGGCAGCGGGGACUGGAGCACGUGGAACUCCAGAACAAACACAUCCAGUCCUGUAAGGAGGACAGCGCCCUCAGAGAACCGUCUGGAAGGACUGUCCCUGAGCCAGGGGAGAGCCUCCCAGAGGACAGAAAGGAGAUCAGAGAUGAAACCACAGGGACAGAAGCAGGUACAGAAACCACGGAUGCUUCUGAAAAGCAGCCCGAGGAGACACCACAGACUGAGGUGGUCAGCAUGGUCCCUGGAGAAACUGAGAAGGUGCCAUCAAGCGAGAGCCCGGGGCCCAGCCACUUGCAGCGGCCGACCACCCUGGCCCUGGACAGUAGGGUUGUCCCGUCUGUCCCUGGCAGCACUCCUGAGACCCCUAAGGACAAGAUCAAGGCAGGUGGCAGCUCAAGGGGUCAGGACAAGCUAGAGAGCCCCAGCAGCGCUGCCCAGAUCCAGCGAUACCAGCAUCCAGACUCUGAGCGGCUGGCCACUGCCGUAGAACUGUGGCGGGGCAAGAAACUGAUGGUCAGCAGCCCUGGUGCCAUGCUCAGCCAGUCCCUGGACCUCAGCGACAGGCACCGGACCACGGGGGCUGCCCUCACACCCACAGAGGAGAGGCGCAUCUCCUUCUCUGCAGGCGAUGUCUCCAAGGUAUCUCCAGCCAAGGCACAGUCUUCAGCCGACACUGAUGGGGAGCCAACCACCAAGAAACCAGCAGUCCACAAGAAGAAAUCAGGCGAUGCAGCUGCCGGCCCUGAUGCAGGGCUGUCCCCAGGCUUCCAGGCUGACUCUAAAUCCACCUUUAAGAGACUUUUCCUACAUAAAACCAAGGAUAAAAAGUAUAGCCUGGAGGGCGUGGAGGAGAUGGAGAACACAGUGUCUGCGCAGGCUGUGCUGGAAGCCACCACCGGGAAGAAGAGUGUAGAAGCCUCCUCUGGCCACCAGCACCGCCACGCAGGGGGCGAGAAGCACAGCAAGGAGGCAGGCGGCAAGGGGAAGAGGAACCGGAACCUCAAGGUGGGCAAAAUCACAGUGUCGGAGAAGUGGCGGGAGUCCGUGUUCCGCAAGAUUACCAACGCCAACGAGCUCAAGUACCUGGACGAGUUCCUGCUCAACAAGAUAAAUGAUCUGCGCUCCCAGAAGACGCCCAUCGAGAGCUUGUUUAUUGAAGCCACCGAGAAAUUCAGAAGCAAUAUCAAGACCAUGUACUCUGUCCCGAACGGGAAGAUCCACGUGGGCUACAAGGACCUGAUGGAGAACUACCAGAUCGUCGUCAACAACCUGGCCACCGAGCGCGGCGAGAAGGACACCAACCUGGUCCUCAACCUCUUCCAGUCCCUGCUGGACGAGUUCACGCGCAGCUACACCAAGAACGACUUCGAGCCUGCGAAGCAGAGCAAAGCUCAGAAGAAGAAGCGGAAGCAGGACCGUGCGGUCCAGGAGCACAACGGGCACGUGUUCGCCAGCUACCAGGUGAGCAUCCCGCAGUCCUGCGAGCAGUGCCUCUCCUACAUCUGGCUCAUGGACAAGGCCCUGCUCUGCAGCGUAUGCAAGAUGACCUGCCACAAGAAGUGCGUACACAAGAUUCAGAGCUACUGCUCCUACAUGAGCGGGAAGAAGGCUGAGCCAGGCGCAGAACCUGGACACUUCGGUGUGUGCGUGGGCAGCCUGACCAGUGACAAGGCCUCGGUGCCCAUUGUGCUGGAGAAGCUCCUGGAACAUGUGGAGAUGCAUGGCCUGUACACCGAGGGUCUCUACCGCAAGUCAGGCGCCGCCAACCGGACCCGGGAGCUGCGGCAGGCGCUGCAGACAGACCCUGCAGCGGUGAAGCUGGAGGACUUCCCCAUCCACGCCAUCACUGGUGUCCUGAAGCAGUGGCUGCGGGAGCUGCCCGAGCCCCUCAUGACCUUCGCCCAGUAUGGCGACUUCCUCCGUGCCGUCGAGCUGCCUGAGAAGCAGGAGCAGCUGGCCGCCAUCUACGCGGUCCUGGAGCACCUGCCUGAGGCCAACCACAACUCCCUGGAACGGCUUAUCUUCCACCUGGUCAAGGUGGCCCUGCUGGAGGAUGUCAACCGCAUGGCUCCCGGGGCGCUGGCUAUCAUCUUUGCACCCUGCCUCCUGCGCUGCCCCGACAACUCGGACCCGCUGACCAGCAUGAAGGACGUCCUCAAGAUCACCACGUGCGUGGAGCUGCUCAUCAAGGAGCAGAUGAGGAAGUACAAGGUGAAGAUGGAGGAGAUCAGCCAGCUGGAGGCGGCGGAGAGCAUCGCCUUCCGCAGGCUCUCGCUCCUGCGCCAGAGUGCUCCUUGGCCUCUCAAACUGGGGUUUUCAUCUCCCUAUGAGGGGGUCCUGGCCAAGAGCCCCAAGGCGCCGGCAAGCCAGGGCGGCAGCCUGGAGGAGCUGGAGGUGCUGCCAGAGGAGGAGGCUGUGGGCGGUGACGAGGACCGGGAGAAGGAGCUCCUCAUGGAGCGGAUCCAGUCCAUCAAGGAGGAGAAGGAGGACAUCACCUACCGGCUGCCGGAGCUGGACCCGAGGGGCUCGGACGAAGAGAACCUGGACUCGGAGACGUCGGCCAGCACCGAGAGCCUGCUGGAGGAGCGGGCCGGGCGGGGGGCCUCGGAAGGGCCCCCCGUGCCUGCUCUCCCCUGCCCCAGCGCGCCCGCCCCGAGCCCCCUCCCCACGGCGGUCGCCCCUCCACGACGAAGGCCGUCAUCCUUCGUCACGGUCAGAGUGAAGACCCCUCGGAGGACCCCCAUCAUGCCGACGGCCAACAUCAAGCUCCCGCCCGGCCUGCCGUCCUACCUGCCUGGCCGGCUGCCAGGUGUCCAGGAGGCUGCUGUCCCCGUGAGACGCCGAGAGCCACCUGCUCGCCGCCCGGACCAGGUACACUCCGUGUACAUCACGCCUGGGAUGGACCUGCACAGGCAGGACGCCCUGGAAACCCUGGAGGAAGAUGACCGGCCCCCUGGGGCCAAGCGGAGGUACUCGGAUCCCCCGACAUACCGCUUGCCCCCCAACUCAAGCCAGGCUAACGGCUGAGGGGCGCGCAGGACAGAGUCUGUGUCCCGGGUCAGCGCCAGAGCUGCAGAGCUAGCGGUGGGCUUCCUGAGAAAAGUCCAGAAUGAAAUGCUCCAAGAAGGGCCAGAGGUGGGCCCGGCUCCACGCGCAGAGUCAGCCAGGGAGUGGUGGCAGGGGCUGGGCCCCCUCGCCUCCAGGCCCCAGUCGCCCCCUCCUCUUUUGUACGUUUUAUGUAACUGUUUCUCUGUACGUGGUUUACAUAACUUUAAGUCUUAACAGCCUUAAUGGAACACCAAAUCGUUUUUUAUAUGUCUAUGUUCAGACUUUUCUGUUAACGCUGGGCGUCUCCCUCGUAACCUGGACCUGAUGGUCACAGCAGAGGCCACUCUAGGCCACAGAGCUGGGCUCCACUCAGCAGGUGGUCAGCAGGGAGGGACCCUGCGUGACAGUUUUGGACUCGUGGGGCACCUGACCACCCCGUCUGUCCCCGAUGCGUGUGUCGGGUGGUGGCGGCCAUCUGGCCAGUGUACAUUCCAGGAGUUGCUGGAGCCGUUCUUGGGAGUCAAGGCUGUUCCCUGGAGCCAGGACGGGAAACACGUAGGCCAGGCCCUCGCCCCAGGCCAGCACCGGCCUUCCGUCUCAGAGAGACCUGAAAAUGUGGCCAACACACCUGUCUGCUGGGCCUGGACGCCGGGGGCUGGAGGACCCACCCUCGCGCUGCCUGUGCUCUGUGACAGGACAGAGCCGGUGACUCAGGACCACUGCCACUAGGCAGGGCGGGGAGAAUGAGGCCUUCUCAUCUCUACAGAGCCACAGCAACGGCCUGCGGUUGUCCUCUCAGGCUGCGUCCACUCAACAGACUCGUGGACACAGGGCCACAGGCCUGGGACGAUGGCCGCACCACACGAGGUGUGAAAUAAAGAGAAAGUGCCUGACAAGUGUCUGUGCGGUUCAUGCUCACGCUGGCUGGGGGACCCCUGGUGUGGGAGCCCCUGCUCGAUCCUCCAGAACUCCACCGACUUCACACUCAGGUAAGGAACACAAACGCCCCAGCACACUCAACUUUGAGUGCCGACAUGACACUGCCGGUAGGAAUUUCCACACCUACCCUCGUGUGAGGGGUUGUGGUCAAAACACAGGUGCAGCUGGGUGCCACUGGCCACACCUACCUACCUGGGAGGCUGAGAUCAGGAGGAGGAUCAUGGUUCAAGGCCAGCCCCUCCACAAGACCUCAUCUUCAAAACAACCAGAGCAAAAUGGACUGGAGGUGUGGCAGAGGGCCUGCUUUGCAAGUGUGAAUUCCUGAGUGGAAACUCCAGUCCCAAAAAAGAACAAAACCUGAAGCCGGGCACUGGUGGCUCACACCUAUACUCCUUGCUACUC